GGGAGUUGGCGAGCUUGCAGCUAGUCAACCAGCCAAAGCUGGAUUUCAUUCCAAACGAUAACCAUUCAGUCACCAUCUACCGAAGUGCACGGUGUAGUUUUGUCCACUGGACUGAGCAGCGAUGUUUCUCUGCAGAACGGCCUGGCAAAGACUUGGGCCUUUGGCAAGGAAGACAGUCACACCAUUAUCCAAAAAUGUGGUUCCAGUGCGAUCCAUGUCCUUCGGGAUUCCCGGGGGCUCCGGGCAGAACCUUGUGUACUACAUCAUCGGCGGUGGCUCCCUCACUGCAGCUGCAGUCUACGCUUACAGGACUGUAACCGGCAAGGAAAAGGCGCCAGAAAUCAGCAGUCCAGUUGAAGUCCCGAGUGCGGUGGUUGAAGAAGCUGCCCCAGUCGUUGCAGAGGCUCCCGCUGAGCCUGUGGUUGCCGAGGCUGCUCCCGUGGAGACUGUUGCUGUGGAAGCGCCGCCUGCAGAGGCCGCUCCUGCGGAAACCGCGGUUGCCGAGGCCGCUCCCGCGGAAACGGUUGUUGCUGAGGCGGCUCCCGCGGAGGCGGCUCCUGCUGCUGUGGAGGAGGCGCCGGCAGUAGCCGAGGCCGCUCCAGCGGUAGAGGAGGCGGUAGCGGCCGUUGCUGAGGCAACUCCGGCUGUAGAAGAGGCUGCGCCGGCGGUAGCCGAGGCCGCUCCGGCGGUAGAGGAGGCGGCCCCCGUCGCUGCUGAAGCGGCUCCAGCAGAGGCCCCCGCGAUAGAAGCCGUGGCGGUGGCGGUAGCGGAGGCUCCGGCGGAAGCGGCACCGGCUGAAGCAGCCCCUGCGCCUGCAGAGGAGGCCGCGCCCGCCCCAGCAGAGACCACCGGUACAGCCCCCGAGGCGGCACCAGAGCCAGUCGCCGAGGCUGCUGCCGCCUAGGCCCAGGGUUCAGAGAGUGCACAGCGCUACAGAAGAGGCACAACUCCUUUUCCUACCAACCAGUCCCAGCCCAUGUAACCUUUUACAAUAAGUUGCAGAGGUUAACCAAUACUAUGCACACUUAGUUUUGGGCUCCAGUCUUCUCCCUCUUCUGAACAGACCUCCUCAAAGGCCAUUUACUCUACAUUUCUACAGUUUCGAAACCAUUGAAUCUUUAGUACAAUGCAGUGUAGGCAAUUAUCUAUGGUGUUUUUUUGUUUUUUGUUUCUCUUCUCCCCUCAAACUGGCUGUCUCAAGUACAGUUUGAAAUGAAGUAUUACUCUGUGGCCCAGGAAUUUUAAAUUCCAAUUUGAAUUCUUAAACAUGGAAAAGCAUCCUUGUAUAAAGGGGCACUUGAAAAUUGGGGGAUAUGAUUCCCGUGCUUGCUGAAAGUACAACCUUGACCUCAAAAUUUGAUGAGAAGUGUUUGCAAUACCAAUCUGGGCAUGUCGAUCAUGCCUUGACCUCAUUUUGAUAAAAAAAAAUAAAAAUUCAGGUUAUGGUAAUGAACACAUUACCUAUACAGAUAUGGCGUAGGAGACCGUUCUUUGAUCCUCUGCUGCAUCUUAUUGUGAAAUGUGACCAAAACCUGUCAGUUUCCUCUUCCUCCUGCUACAAACUGCUGCUCAACCCUCAACAGUUGUUUACAGACCUGAGCCAAUCUACCUUCAUAAAAAAAAAACCCGAUAGUAGUGAGCACCUACCUUGCCUGCCUUACCUCCUCAGAAGCCAAAGCUGCACCUGUUGUCUUGCAGCUCUUCUGACUGUUCAACUUUUCUGUCUGCAACCAGCCACUGAAACACUACCAGCUGCUCAUCCACACACUUACCCACAGCAACCUUGAGUUAGGCCUUAAAAUUGUGCUUCUCUGCCCUACCAUAUGCCGACUGCACCCAACAUGUUUGUAGAACAAUGUGAUUUGUCAUUUUCAUUAAAUCUUUAGAAAAACCGCUGACCGUUUUCCAUACGCUAAGAACUGUUACGGUGUAGUCUUUACUUGUAACUGUGAAGCUCGUGCAAGGGGACAUUGCAUUUUAAAAACCCACGCAGUAUCACUUUAAUGUAUAUUGUAUCAUAGUUCACGUUGCUACCUUAACCAGUUAAAACAUUUAAUCACGGAACAAGGGAAUUCAAGCCACGUAAUAAAGGCUUUGACUAUAUUUGCUGUGUUUAAUCUUUCAUAAUUGUGGGUGUCUUUGGAAAUGUGGAUGCAUUCCCACUUUGCAAGUUUGCAUUUUAAUGAUUAGGUGGCCGAACAGAAGUGUUCCCUGUUUGGAAUAAUUUAUCUGAUUGUAUGAGAGCCUGAUCAAUGUUAAAAAUGUUAUGAAGAGCUAUGGUUCAAGAAAUGGAAAUUAAAAGCACCUUCUCAGCA